AUGCGCAUUCCACUUAUCGCGAGUCAUCGAUACCAAGAUGUUGGUCGCCGAAAAGGUGGUGGUGGCGGCGGAAAAGGUGGUGGCGGCGGAAAGGGCAGCGGCAGCAGCGGAAAGGGCGGCAGUACAGGGAACUUUUCAGGCAAAACAUUGAAGGUACCAAUCACGGGUGGCUCUGCCAGCGGCAAAAGCACUGCAACGGCGUACGGAUAUGGAGGUGGGAAACCUAAAACAAUUCCCGCUGGGCAGUUAUUUGGUGGACGCACUGCUGGAGGGGCGAUAAGACCACAGAUAUAUGGUACAAGAGGGUAUGGUAGCGGAUAUCCCGGAUACUCUAGCUAUGGUGUCGCAGGCCGAGGAUUUCCGUUUUGGUACUGGCCGGUUGUUUGGGGAGGAUCUUCAAAUCAGUAUUUCCAUGAUUCUGAAUAUGGCAAUUCUUCCAAUACCAGUAGGUUCGGCGGACCGAUGGCACAGGCCGACUUUAUUUCAAAUAGCACCGGUUCUACUUUCCAUCUACUUUCCGACAACAGCACGAUUGGUUCCUUGAUCAACUCUAUCAACACCAAUUGCUCGUCGCAUCUGUCAUCCUCGAGUUCGAAAUCUCCAUCGCCGUAUAAUUCAUCCGUUCUAGGAGGCCCUCAGCCAGAAGAAGCUAUACAGUACUACCGCUCUUCCAGCAUCGUGCUGGCUUUGGAUGGCUACAAUAACUCCGCUACAUUCAACAGUAAUCCGAAUGUCACGGACUCGCCGUUGCCUUCUGGGGUCGACACGACUCUUUUAAACUGCUUGAAUUACACCAUUGGACAGGCCGCUCCGUUAAUCGAUAGUGCCAGCUCGCGGUACAUCUCGCCACCAUGCAUUGGCUUUGCCACCCUUGUUUGGUUCUUGUGGUUCCUGGGGUACUAUGUUUGAUUCUUCUAGAUCAUCAUGCAUCAUGUUUCAUCCCCUCGCUUUUUUUGGGUUUCUCCAUCAUGUUCAGAUCCGGAUCACGCCUUCGGAUGAUCCUGUUUGUUCCACAUUGUUUAUUGAUGACUUAUCUUUGUAAGUUAAAUCGUGAUGCAUAGGCGCAUCUCUAGUUUAUCGUACGGUACUAUAAUCGUAGCCUACCAUUCUUCUUUAUGUCAACUGUAUCGGUUGUUUUUUCAGAGGCAAAGGCUAGGCUUUGUGUACUCGGUGCGAAAUGGGGGUAAUAAACUCGCCAUGUCGCUGGCAGGGACACACCGGGGUGAACGAUAUUUAAAAGAGGUUUAUAUGUUGUACAAAAU